GUAUCUACUAUCUAGUGGUUCGUCUUAAAUUUUUUAUGUCGUAAUUUCAACCAUUACAAUACAAGGACAUUAGCACCUAAUUACGAGUCGUAACUUAAUUCCUCAAUGUACAGUUAACAUGUCCAAUACGGUGCAGUGAUACAACGAAAUUCGUUUUACCAAUUGAGUCCAAAGUGCAUUGUUGUAAUUGUUUUUACAGUAGAAAUUAUUGUGAUCGUUAACUUGUGCUAAUAAAAUGUCUCUCGAAGAAAAAUUUAAUGCUGCGGUGAAUGUUAUUAGGAGUUUACCGAAAAGUGGGUCGUAUCAGCCCAGCAACGAGCUUAUGCUCCGCUUCUACAGCUAUUACAAGCAGGCCACGGAGGGACCCUGCGAUAAACCGAAACCUGGCUUCUGGGACGUGGUAAACAGAGCGAAAUGGGAAUCGUGGAACAAGCUCGGUAACAUGACUGCAAACGAAGCGAUGCAAGCGUACGUCGAGGAAUUACACAAAAUAGUCGAAACGAUGUCGUACAGUUCGGACGUCGCCUCGUUCCUGUCCGUCGACGACGACGACCAGGAGUUUCCCAACAGCGACCUGGAGCUCGUGGCGGGGGACGUGCUCGCGAGGGUCCGCUCGGCGCACAACACGCCAGCCGGUUCUCGGUCGGCGAGUGGCGCGUCCUCACCGGCAGCGCAACGCACGCGACACGACUCCGAAGACGAGUACAUCGACACACUCGAUGUUAGUGUUAGCGAGCCUGAAGCGACGACCCAGCACCGCGGCGUCCGUCUCGGCAAUGGGCACGCGCACCAGAUCACCUCGCAGCUGACCCAUUUGAAGGUCCUAGAACAGUUGCCCGGGACACUGGCGCGGCUUGAGGCCGACGUGGCCGCGCUCAGGAAGGCCGUCGAGGGGGACCGAAGGAUAUUGGACCAAGUUUCAGGGGGCUGGCGUUGGCCGUGGCAAGAGCUGAGCCCCCCCACAUUGGCAGUGUUAUUGUUAUGGCCAUUGCUGCUGUACCGGCUCGCCAGACGUAACAGAAGCGCUCUGCAAUGAUGUCGAAUGUUUGAGGAACGUUACCCACAGAAACUGGAUAAAAGAUUGAGAAGCAGCGACUCGCACCGCCUUGCACGUGAUAAGCGUUCUGUACAAUCAAUAAAAA